AGGAUCAUAUUAAAGACAAUAUUAAGUAGCACAAAACAUAUUGAAAAGACAUCCUUAUAUAAUGGUUUAAAACCUUGGCUGGGUGAUGGACUUCUUCUUAGCGGAGGCGUCAAGUGGCACUCACGACGAAAGACAUUAAUUUCCACAUUUCAUUUUAAUAUAUUGCAGCAGUUUGUUAAGAUUUUGAUCGAGGAAGGUGAAAAAAUGACAAAAUCCUUGAAAGAAACAGAAGGCAGAGUUGUAAAAGACUUAAUACCGUUUCUUAAUGAACAUACGUUAAAUGCACUAUGUGGUAUUGUAUUGUAUUUCUAAUUAUAGAGAAUUUUAUAUUUCCAUUGACGAAUAAUAAAACAAAAUGCAAGUUUUUUA